UAUAAAAGGGUCCCUGGUUGUCGCUUCCUCUGUCUUGUUCGGUAAAAAAAUCUUCUACCAUCCGACUUUAUAGUGCAAUUAUACAGAUUAAAUCGUGUCAAAAACGUUUAGUGUUGUAAUCGUGUUCAAUAAUUGUGUAAAAUUUAUCAACAGAAGACGACGAGAGACUUAAAAAUAGCAUUUUUGUCUCCUGCUUGGAUUCGCUACGGCGUUGAAAUCAAGCUAACGCUAGUUAGCAUUGACGGCACCGGGGCCCAGACCGGCAAUUUAUUUUGUCUUGAAGGAUUUUAGAGCGUUUUAUUCCAUAAAUAUAAAUCAGUGAUGGCUUGUGGGGCUACCCUGAAAAGGACCCUGGACUUUGAUCCGAUAAUGAGCCAGUCUUCCCCUAAAAGAAGGAGGUGUGCGCCGGUCAUGUCGCCGGUAUCAUCACCGCAGAAAUAUCUGCGGAUGGUGCCCUCGCCUUUUGGGGAGGUGUCGUCCAGACUCACCACAGAGCAAAUUCUGCACAACAUUAAGCAGGAGUACAAGCGUCUGCAGAAACGUCGACACCUGGACAGUGCUUUCCAGCAGGCAGAGGGCUGCUGUCCCGUGGAGCUGCAGAACAUCCAGGCUGGAUCUCCACUACCAGGCACAUCCUUGGGUACCUCGUCUCCCUCCAGGAAAGAGCAGCCAUUGUUUUCGCUCAGACAGGUCGGGAUGAUCUGUGAGAGACUACUGAAGGAACGGGACGACAAAAUCCGUGAGGAGUAUGAUGAGAUACUGACGACGAAGCUUGCUGAGCAAUAUGAUGCAUUUGUCAAGUUCACACAUGACCAGCUGAUGCGAAGGUUCGGAGAGCAGCCAGCUAGUUAUGUUUCGUGAGUUCCUGUCAUCUGAUUUUGAGGUUUACUCUUUGCUGCAAGUUACUCCGGGGACUCGUGGGUCUUACUCCUAGCUGUGCCAUUUUGCCUCUAUGUGGACUCACUGCCUCUGGCAUCAGUUAGUGACAUCAACAUUUGCUGUUGCUCCCAGAGUUAGGAGGGUUUCCUGCUGCCAACAUGUCAUUGAGACUCUACCAGUGGCCUCUUAACUGCUGUUAUUUAUUUAGCUUCGUUCUGAUGCCUUCAUGAAAGGCUAAAUACCGUCACACACUUGGCCUUCAUGAUUUACUUAUUUUUAUGAUUAAUUUUUGUGUGUGUGUGUGUGUGUGUGUAACAAGGAAGUUGGCUGUGCAGCUUUUCUACAUGUACACUUUGUAAAGGGGAUUGAACAUUGAUGAGUGGAAGAAGGCAGCUGGACUUUUAAUAGCAGUUGUCUUGGCUUUUUUCUUUCAAUUAUUGUAUAAAUUCCACCAAUGAUUACUGCUUUUAGAUUUGUACAUUUGUAUACACUGUAUUUCUCUAUUUUUCUUUUUACUUUGGCUUGAUUUUUUUUUUCUUCUUUACUGCUCCAAGAUGUUAAGACUUUUUGUUUGCUGUGGGUAAGAGGCUUUUGAUUGAUAUAGUAAUAAAUUCUUGGCACUAACUUUAA